AUGGAAGGGCAAAGAGCAGAGGAUGUUUUGGAUGCUGCUUUGGCUGCGUCCCACAGAUGCGACCACUGCGGAUACAGGGCGGCUUACAAGUCUAAGCUAACCAGCCAUAUGAGAAAACAUACGGGUGAGAAGCAUGGUGAAAAGGACUUUAUGUGUGGGGAAUGCGGAUACAGGGUGGCUUAUAAGUCUCAUCUAAUCAGACAUAUGAGGAGACAUACAGGUUGGAAACCUUUUAAAUGUAACCAGUGCGACUAUUCUGCUGCACAAAAGUGGGCUUUUGACUGCCACAUGGCUAAGCACAAAGGUGAAAAAUCCUACAUGUGUGGAGAGUGCGGGUACAGGACGGAAUACAGCUUUAUAGCCAGUGUGCUGUAG